AUGCCCAACAGCGACUCCAGGCUUUGGCAACCUCUCAAGGUUGGAGGCCUAACUCUCCCCCACCGCAUCGUCAUGGCUCCCCUAACUCGCUACCGCAACGACGACAACCAUGCGCCAUUGGACAUGAUGAUUCAGUACUACGCAGACCGUGCCUGCGUCCCAGGCAGUCUCAUCAUCACAGAAGCCACUGGUAUCUCUGGUGCUGCCGAAGCAAGACCCCACCUCCCAAGCAUCGCUACUCCAGAAGCUGUCGCGGGCUGGAAGAGAAUAUACAAAGCUAUUCAUGACAGGGGCAGCUUCGUCUUCCAUCAGCUGUGGGAUCUUGGCCGUGGUGCUGAUCCAGACUAUGUCACCAAGCGCGGAUACAAAUAUGCGUCCAGCGGUGACUUGCAAUUAGAAGGCAAAUCUGUGCCUCCUGCACCGCUUACAGAGGAAGAGAUUUGGCAAAAGAUUGCGGAUUAUCGUCAGGCGGCUAGAAAUGUGAUUGACGCUGGCGGUGAUGGAGUAGAGGUUCACGCAGCUCAUGGAUACCUCAUUGAUCAGUUCAUACGAGAUAGCGUGAACAAUCGAACGGAUAAAUGGGGUGGCUCGGUUGAGAACCGCAGCCGGUUUCUUCUUGAAGUCGUCAAAGCUGUCACCGAAGAGAUUGGUGCCGAAAGAACAGCGUUGAGACUAAGUCCGUUCUCUCUUUACAACAGCUCCUAUUCCUCGGAUACGUGGGAGCAAACAGGAUACAUUAUCCGCAGUCUCAAGGAGCGUGGUCACAAGCUGGCGUACUUGUCUCUCGUGGAACCACGAUACGAUCCCGCCUUGUUAGGCAAAGCGCCUCCUCCAGGUACACCUCAGCCUUUUGGGGACAGGGAAAUGUCCUCCAAGUUCAUUCUCAGAGAGUGGGAUAACACUUCGCCUGUGUUCGUGGCUGGCGGCUAUACUGCUGAAUCGGCGGCCAGCGCUCUCGAUGAGACAUACAGAGACUGGGAUGUUGCUAUUGCAUUCGGACGGCCGUUUAUUUCUAAUCCGGACUUGGUGUUUCGAGUGAAGAAUGACUUGCCGUUCUCGCAAUAUAACAGGGAUACGUUCUACGUUGCGAAAAGUGAGGUUGGAUACAUCGACUAUCCAUUUAGCGAAGAGGCUGUCAAGGCGGGUUUGUCAGUGCCAGUCCAAGCAUAG